CCGGGUUGAGCCCCGGGAGGUGGGAAGGAGGCGGCGUUUCCGGCCGCGGUCGCUGUCCAGGGAGGCUGAGGCAAGAGGGAGCUGUCCCGGUGGGGAGCCAGCACUUCCUUCUUUCUCUUCCUCCUCCUCUGCGUGAGGGGAGAGAAGGUUGGGGGUCCCCGAGCCCAUGGAUCGGGAGGAGGCGGAGGCCGCCGAGAGCCGGCACCCCUCUAUGUGGCCCUGAGCCCCGUGUACUGGUUCCGCCUCUCUGGAAGGCCAUGGAGAAGAGACUGGGAGUCAAGCCAAGUCCCGCUUCCUGGGUUUUGCCAGGAUAUUGUUGGCAGACAUCAGUGAAGCUGCCGAGAAGCCUGUACCUGCUUUACAGUUUCUUCUGCUUCAGCGUUCUGUGGUUGUCAACAGAUGCUAAUGGGAGCAGAUGCCAACGGGGGAAGACACUUUAUGGAGCUGGCUUGAGAACUGAGGGAGAAAAUCACCUCAGGCUUCUUGAAGGAAGCCUGCCUUUCCAAGCCUGUCGGGCUGCCUGCUGCCGCGACUCUGCCUGUCACGCUCUCUGGUGGCUGGAAGGGAGGUGCUUUCAGGCCUACUGCAGCAAGCCCCAGAGCUGCCAGCCUUUUAGGACAGACUCUUCCAAUUCCAUGCUGGUCAUUUUUCAAAAAUCCCAAACUACAGAUGAUUUGGGCCUUCUGCCUGAAGAUGAUGAACCACAUUUUCUGAGGCUAGGCUGGGGCAGGACAUCGUGGAGGAGGCAGAGCCUUCUUGGGGCUCCCCUCACCCUUUCUGUACCCUCUAGUCACCACCAGAGCUUACUCAGGGAUCGGCAGAAGAGAGAUCUCAGUGUGGUACCUACACGUGGAGCGAUGCAACAUUCUAAAGUGAAUCAGUCUGCGGAAGCAGGCGCUCUGAGUCCCAGCUCUGCAGAGGUCCGCAAAACCAUUACAGUUGCCAGUUCCUUCACCAGUAACCACACUACACAGACUCCUGAGUGGCCCAAGAAUGUGUCCAUCCAUCCUGAACCAUCCGAACACUCCAGUCCUGUAUCUGGUACUCCGCAAGUAAAAAGCACUGAGCACAGUCCAACUGAUGCCCCUCUUCCAGUGGCCCCCUCCUACAGCUAUGCCACCCCCACACCCCAGGCCUCUUCUCAGAGCACCUCAGCACCACACUCAGUUGUAAAGGAACUGGUGGUGUCUGCUGGGAAGAGCGUCCAGAUCACCCUGCCUAAGAAUGAAGUUCAGUUAAAUGCCUUCGUCCUUCCAGAAGCAGAGCCAGGAGAAACCUACACCUACGACUGGCAGCUGAUCACUCAUCCUACAGACUACAGUGGAGAGGUGGAGAGGAAACAUUCCCAGAGCCUCCAACUGUCCAAGCUGACUCCAGGCCUGUACGAAUUCAAGGUGACUGUGGAUGGCCAGAAUGCCCAUGGGGAAGGCUACGUGAAUGUGACAGUGAAACCAGAGCCCCGUAAGAACCGGCCUCCCGUUGCUGUGGUGUCACCUCAGUUCCAGGAGAUCUCGCUGCCAACCACUUCUACCAUCAUUGAUGGCAGCCAGAGCACGGACGACGAUAAAAUUGUCCAAUACCACUGGGAAGAGCUUAAGGGGCCUCUGAGAGAAGAGAAGAUCUCUGAAGACACAGCCAUACUAAAACUAAGUAAGCUCGUCCCGGGGAACUACACCUUCAGCUUAACAGUUGUCGACUCUGACGGGGCUACCAACUCCACCACUGCAAGCCUGACUGUGAACAAAGCUGUGGACUACCCUCCCGUGGCCAAUGCAGGCCCCAACCAAGUGAUCACCCUGCCUCAGAACUCCAUCACCCUCUUUGGAAACCAGAGCACUGAUGACCACGGCAUCACCAGCUAUGAGUGGUCGCUCAGUCCGAGCAGCAAAGGGAAGGUGGUGGAGAUGCAGGGAGUUAGAACGCCAGCCCUGCAGCUGUCCGCAAUGCAAGAAGGAGACUAUACCUACCAGCUCACAGUGACUGACACCGCAGGACAACAGGCCACCGCCCAAGUGACUGUGAUUGUGCAGCCUGAGAACAACAAGCCUCCUCAGGCAGAUGCAGGCCCAGACAAAGAGCUGACCCUGCCCGUGGACAGCACAACCCUGGACGGCAGCAAGAGCACAGAUGACCAGAGAGUCGUCUCUUACCUUUGGGAGCAGAGCCGGGGACCUGACGGGGUGCAGCUGGAGAAUGCCAACAGCAGUGUCGCCACUGUGACCGGGCUGCAAGUCGGGACUUAUGUAUUCACCUUGACUGUCAAAGAUGAGAGGAACCUACAGAGCCAGAGCUCCGUUAAUGUCAUUGUCAAAGAAGAAAUAAACAAACCGCCAGUAGCCAAGAUCGCUGGGAACGUGGUGGUGACCUUGCCCACGAACACGGCCGAGCUGGACGGCUCGAGGUCCUCAGAUGACAAGGGGAUAGUCAGCUACCUGUGGACUCGAGAUGAGACGAGCCCAGCCGCAGGGGAGGUGCUGAAUCACUCUGACCACCACCCUGUCCUCUUCCUCUCCAACCUGGUGGAGGGGACCUACACGUUUCACCUGAAAGUGACAGAUGCAAAGGGCGAGAGCGACACAGACCGGACGACAGUGGAAGUGAAGCCUGAUCCCAGGAAAAGCAACCUGGUGGAAAUCAUCUUGGAUGUGAACGUCAGUCAGCUGACCGAGAGGCUGAAGGGGAUGCUCAUCCGCCAGAUUGGGGUCCUCCUGGGGGUGCUGGAUUCCGACAUCAUUGUGCAAAAGAUUCAGCCAUACACGGAGCAGAGCACCAAGAUGUUGUUUUUUGUUCAGAACGACCCUCCCCACCAGCUCUUCAAAGGCCAUGAGGUGGCAGCCAUGCUCAAGAGCGAGCUGCGGAAGCAGAAGGCUGACUUCCUCAUCUUCAGAGCCCUGGAAAUCAGCACAGUCACAUGUCAGCUGAACUGUUCUGACCAUGGCCACUGUGACUCAUUCACCAAGCGCUGUGUCUGUGACCCGUUUUGGAUGGAGAAUUUCAUCAAGGUGCAGCUGAGGGAUGGAGACAGCAACUGUGAAUGGAGCGUGCUCUACGUCAUCAUUGCUUCCUUUGUCAUUGUUGUUGCCUUGGGGAUCCUGUCAUGGACUACAAUCUGCUGCUGCAAGAGGCAAAAAGGAAAACCCAAGAGGAAAAGCAGAUACAAGAUCCUGGAUGCCACAGACCAGGAGAGCCUGGAGCUGAAACCAACGUCCCGAGCAGGCAGCAAACAGAAAGGCCCCACGCUGAGCAGCAGCCUGAUGCAUUCUGAAUCGGAGCUGGACAGCGACGAUGCCAUCUUCACAUGGCCAGACCGGGAGAAGGGCAAACUACUGUAUGGUCAGAAUGGAUCUGUGCCAAAUGGGCAAACACCUUUGAAGACCAGGAGCGCACGGGAGGAGAUCUUGUAGCCCCUUGGUCUGUCUCAACAGUCUGGGCCUCAGUGCUAGGGGCCAGAGCACCUCUAGGCUUAUUCCUGACCUUUUGGGUCUGAGGGCAGCUGCUCUCCCAGCAUGUGCUGGCCACUCCAUCCCAAAAGCCCCCAUCAGAACUGCUGGUACUUGAAUCCACAGAUACUUUAUAGGAGCCCUUGAAUGAAGCUGUGAAUGAAGAGGUUUUCUCUAUAAACCUAUGUGGUAGGCCCCCCUUCCUGCCCCCCAAAUGUCCUCAUCUCAGGGCCUCACUUUCUGCAUACACCUCCCUGCCUGAGAGCAGACACAAACAGGCCCAUAGCCUCUCCUCUGCUGUUAGAGCAAUGCAGCUGGGCCCAGAACACACAUGAUGAGGUUCACUGCGUCUCCCCUGCACCUCGUACAGAACCAAGAGCCACCAGCCUCCUGGUGGCAGGGGCCUAGCCCUGGGCAUAUUCAUUUGUUUGCUUCUCUGGGACAGUAUGCCCUGCCUUCCCUGGGCCAAAAGAAAUCCGUGCUGUCACUGAUGCUGGCGAUGAUGCAGAGCUGUCACUGCCCUCAGCUCCUGCUGGCUUGUUUAUCAGGGAUAUGGGAGCUGCGGGCAUGACCUGCACAGCUGCAUUCUCCCAGAAGAGACAGCCACAGAUAGACUGGAACUCUCUGGCAUGUGAGUGCAUAUGUGUGACUGCCCCACUGUGGAACCUUCCACAUCCCUCCAUCCAUGUCUUUUCUGUGUCCUUUGCACGUGUGAGUGUUUGAGUGUAUGUGCCCAUUCCUCAUAGGUCUCUUGGCUGCUCUCAAGGUAAUUCUAACUUGGAGACUUUUAGCUCCUUGAAAGACUAUUAAUCCCUCCAGCCUGAUCACCAGUUCCUCAGCUGUGGUGUGACAGCUGAGGAAUUGGGUUUCCGGGAGAGUGACUUUUUAAAAAGGACUUAAUUUCUACUACUGCACUAUCUGUUGUGAGAUAAUUAAACAUGCUAUUUAAUUGUG